AAUACUUUUUUCCUUCACCCUCAGGUUGCUGAAGAAGGAGCGCGACUUGAACGCUGCCGAGAAGGCCCUGACUGCUGCCGAGGGCCAGGUGAAUGACCUCACAUCAAAACUCCAAGUGUCUGAAGCAGAGAGGAAAAAGCUGACUGCUGAAAUCAGGGAACUUCGUGAUGAGGUAGCCAGGCUGAGCCGCCAAUUGGCCGAAGCCAAGCAACAGCUGGAGAGCGAGACACUGAUGAGAGUCGACCUGGAGAACCGUUGCCAGUCACUCAGGGAGGAGUUGCAGUUCAAGCAGCAGGUGUACGAACAGGAGAUCACUGAGACCAAGAAGAGAAAGCAGGUUGAGAUCUCUGAGCUUGAUGGCCGACUCCAGGUAGAGUAUGAGGCCAAGCUGACCGAGGCUUUGAAGGAUCUCCGUGAUCAGUAUGAGGAGCAGCUCAGGAAUAAUCGCUCCGAGGUUGAAUAUCUUUAUGAGACAAAGAUUGAGGAGCUUAACAGACGCGACCAGCGUUCUACUGAAGAUACAGAUGCUCUAACAACUUCCCUAAGAGAAGCCAAGAGCAAAGUUCAGGACCUCUCCUCACGUCUUGCAAAUCUGGAGAGCACCAACAAUGCACUCAAGCAACGUGUGCUCGACCUGGAGGGACAGCUGGAGGCAGACAGAGACUCCCAUGCUGCGGAGGUGUUGAUGCUCAAGGAGGAGAUCAUGCGCUUGCAGAACCAGAUGCAGGUGCAGCUUCAGGAAUACCAGGAUCUUAUGGAUAUCAAGGUGGCCCUAGAUAUGGAGAUUGCAGCUUACAGAAAGCUCUUGGAGGCUGAGGAAGCUAGGUUAAACAUCACAGUGUCUUCAAGUGCCACAGAGAGGGAAACCCCAUACAGGCGAACACCUCAGAGGGGCAUGAAGCGCAAGAGGCAAGUCAUUGAGGAGGAGUUCCAGAAGUCUGCAUACCAGUCCACAGCCAGAUCGGUGGGAGACAUUGACAUUGUUGAGGACUGUCCUGAGGGGAAGUUCGUCAAGUUGUACAACAAGAGUGACAAGGACUUUGCUAUCGGUAGUUACCAAGUGAUCCGCACAGCUGGUGAUGCGGAAACCAUAUACAAAUUCCACUCCAAGUCCAAGAUCCCAGCUGGCGCUACAGUCACCAUCUGGUCCUGCGAUGCUGAGGCCACCCACGAACCCCCUCUCAACAUUGUCAUGAAGAACCAGAAGUGGGUAGUUUCCGACAACAUGUCCACAAAGCUGCUUAGCACCAGUGAGGAAAUGGCAGUUCGAGAGACCAAACGAGAAGUCACAUUUGAAAGCUCCUCAAGAUUGCCAGAGCCCAAGGAAGAGGAGGAGGAGGUAUCGCGACUAUACACUGGUUGCAUCCUCGCUUAAAACACCUACCUACCACCUAAGAGCUCCUCCUGCAGUCAGAAGUGCGGACGGAUCAUCCCCCGAGAAGUGCAGCAUCAUGUGAGUGGCGAGGCGACGAUGGUUAGCCCUAGGUUGCCUGAUGCCUAAUUGGCUCCCACCCAGUUUUACGUACAAAAUGACCUCCAUCCCUCUGAGCCGCACGCUUCCUGUAUCAGGAUGGUUUUGCUGAGUUUUGAAAUAAAAAAAGGGGCCUGAGUUCUUGUGAAGGUGAUUUUUUUUUUCUUUUUUUCUUAAAGUGAUGUGCAAGAGUCCAUAUAAUUGCAUGUUUAUCUUAUUUUUCUUUUUGAUUAUAUAGUGAUUUAUGUGAAAAUGCUGCAAGAAGUAAGAUAUAUAUACAUAUAUAUAAAUAUAUAUUUAUAGAUGUAUUGUAAACACAUUUGAGUAGAUAUCAUCUCCGUAUCUAUGUUUAUAUUGUACAUUGAACAUGAAAAUUUGAUUGGCUGUUGCAUUGUCAAAGGAAGUGAUGUGGUUUUGAGAGGACUAGGAAACAAAGGCCAGUUAUUAAAUUGCUUGUUACUUAAAGACAUUAGUGCUGAGCAUCAGAAGCUGGAUGGGGUCACCAAGAGAAAGUGCUGAUAGAGAACUUUUUUGUGUCGUAAAGGGAUCUCACAUUUUAAGAGGAGUAAAUUGCAUGCCUAUCAUGGGGCACGGGAUAAUUUGGUCCUGUGCUCAUGAUGGCCAGAAUACAAAGAAGAAUUUUGUUAGAAGAUUCAUUUGUUUUAACACACAAAAAAAUAAAAAAGCAAACGGGGAAAAAAUAAACAAACCAGAAUUUAUAUGUUGGCCUGAAUUGGGUAGGUAAGUAUACACCCCUUGCUGUAUGGAGAACAUGCCGGUUCUCAAAAAGGGGAACGGUAUUCGCUUACAUAUAUAUAUAUAUUUUUUUUGUUUUUGUUUUUCUUUCAUUUUAGUUUUUUUCUUUUUUUUUUUUUUCCUUUUGGUUGCUUAAUGAUAAAACCAAACUUUUAUGGUGGUUUGUAUGACGAGGUCAGAGAGUUUUGCUUCAUGUGCUUAUUCUUCUUGGAUAUUAAUAUAAAACUUUUAAAAAAUUAAAAAAAAAAACAAAAAAGACUUAACAUUUUCGAAGUGCAAGCAUACUAAGUAUUAUAAGUAAGGAGAGAACAGUGUUAAUUUACCUGUUAAGGAGGAUGAGGCCUGCCAUUUUUGGGAAGGGAAAAUAAGGUGGGAGAGGAAGAGAGUUCACCAGAGGAAGCAAAACACCACACGGAAAGUUUUCACUCGUACAAGGGUUGUACUUCUUGUCUUUUCAGUUAGUUGUUAUUAUUAUUAUUAUUUUUUUUUUUUCAUUAUUUACUUUAUCAUUAAUGCAGAAGGAAACGAAAUUUUGCCAACGAUUGGGUUUUAUAAUUUUCUUUUUAUGAUUAUAUCAUGAAUAGUUUUCAAUGUUCUAAGUAUAUUUAAAUGAUUUUGUCGUGUUUUAUUGAUUUGUGCCAAUAGAAAUCAGUGAGUCAGAGAACUUUUUAUGUCCAAUUAAAAAUAAUAGAGAGAGAUGUAUGUGCUAUUCUCUCUCGCAAAUGUUCACUGCCAUUUUGUUUCCUAAAUGUAAGUGGUGGCAGCUCCAUGUAGCUGUCACUUGUUAAGAAUACCUUGUAGGGGUUAACUGUAAUGCUUUUUGUUUUUCUGUAUCAUUGUCUCUCUUUGUUUUUUGAUUCAUGUUUUUAUUUGGCUCCCCACAUUACUUCAGGUCUAUUUAUAUCACGUUAUGUCUUUGCUUACGGCCAAGCCCAAUGAUUCCUAUUGUAAGUAAGAUGUGGUUGUUUCUAAUAGGGAUUUAUUUUUUAUUUCUUCAGCUAUAAGGUAGGAUGAUUACCCGAGUCCCCUCCCUUUACACACACACACACACAAAAGGGAAAGAAUUUAUAGGAUAAUAUUUUUUUUCCUAUUGAUUGAUUAUAUGUUGAAGAAAAUGGGAAGAGAGUAUUGGAAGAAAAGAGAGGGGAAGAAAAAAAAAAAGAUGAUUUUUAGAUUAUUUUUAAGUUUUGUGAUGACCAGAUUCUGCUGACCUAAACCUUGGAACUUGUGACCACCCCAAAAAUUUGCAAACUAGUGGACACAAACCAAGGCUUAGCAAAGUUGAUGGCCUCUUUAACAUUGUAAUGAAGGCUAACACUCGUUUGCACGCUUAUCUCAGCACACUGCCGCUGCAACCUCUCUGUAAGGGGAUAGAAGGCCAGGCAUGUUUCAUGAUCCUCAUAGUAAAGGAAGUUAUUAUUAUUUUUUUCUCUCUCUCUCUUAAUAUUCCCAUUGAAUUUUUAUUUUAUUUUUCCCCAUUGCUGAUAUACAAAUCUUUUUUUUAUGUUAAUGCUAGCAUCAUUCUUUUCCUUACAUGGGUUGCAGCAGCUUAUAAGUUUUACAGAGGAAAAAGUCUUUUUAUGUUUGUUAGCCCAGAGAAAUAAAAAUGAAUAUAUAUGUAUAUUUUCAUGAAUCCCACUCAGAAUUGUAAAAAAAGAAAGAAAAAAAAAGAAAAAACGGCACUUGAGGUAUGAUAUGGGAAUUAUUCCCGCAUAUUCCCUCAAGAAAAUUAUAUAUUGUAAAAUUAAUGAAGAAGAAAGACGUGUUUCAAGUAAUGCUGAAGAAACAAGAUCUUUUAUUGAAGAAGGAAAAAAGUAUAUCAGUUGUGUAACCUUUGAUCAACCUGGCUUUGUAGCGUCCAAAGUGGUUCUAGUAGUGUGCCUUCAGUGGAUAUUCUAAAAAAAAGAAUAAUAAUAAGCUCUUAAAAACAAAGAAAAGAUAUGUACUGUAUAAUGUUAAAAAUUGUCUUUUAAGAGUAUGGAUUUACUUUAAUAAAAGUUAAUAGAUUCAUAUGUA